UGAAUACAAUCAUGAUGCAUGAUGUUAUCAAGAUGGGCAAAUAAUAGUAUAACACGAAACGUUAUAUAAUGUUUCAAAUCUAUCUUGUAUUUCUUCGAAGGCGCAAUACUGUGUGAAAUAUUUUGUGAAACUAAACGUAUUGAUACUGAAAUUUUUGGAUGCAUCUUUGUCUUGUGACUUUUAUAAUUCGGACAGAAAGGCAGAAAAUAUAUUUUAUACACUUUUAAUAAAACAAUAGUUGUCUCUUGAACGAAAGACUGUGUGUUUGUAUAUCAUCCUCAAUAAGCAUUUUUACAUAUAUGAAUUUGCAAUUUGUUUAAUGCUGUGAUGAAAAUGAGCGGCGAGGACGAUUGGGACGUAGAACAACACAAGACGGAACACGAAUGCGACGAACAUUGGGAACUCAGGCGAAAAUUUCUUUUGGCUCAUAAGGACAAAUUUCCAGAAGACGAACUCGUUUGUUUAGCUCAAGUGUUUACAAAUGUGGAACUGCUUGGAUGCAGGUAUCCUAAAGAGACAAUGCAGCUAAUUGCAGAAUUAGCUGAAGAUAUUGUUGGUGAAUACAGAGAGAAACAAAAGUCUAAGUUGAAACGAACGUUUGUAAAAGCAUCAGAUGCUGCUAGUUCAAAGGUCAAAGGAGGAACUGCCCCAAAAUCCACCAAUAGAGUCGAGACGUCAACACAGUCAUUAAGUACAAGAUCAACUCAUAAGUCAAAAUUUAACAAAGUACCUUUUAAACGAAAAAAAUUUAACAUAAAUCCAUUUCGUGAUAUUGUUAUAAUCGAAAGACCCAGAGAUAUACCGCAAACUACACUUUCUAAUGCAGUUAAUAUGUCAGGUGGAAAUGUGGACUGGAAAUUUGAUAAAAUCGGGGAUUCUUAUAAAUGCCGUAUUUUUAUCAAUUCAAAACUAAUAGCGACAGCUCGUAGUCCCGACCAAAAAUCAGCGAAGAGAGAUGCAUCCAUCAUUGGAUUGCAAGAACUAAGGAAGUAUUAUUAUACAAUUAAGAUUAAAAAUAGCGUAAGACAUGCUAAUGUAACUACAGCAACAAUAACUAACAGAAAAUCGAAAGACGAUACUAUUUCUGAUGACAAUAUUGGAAAGAAAAUAAUGAAAUUAAUGGGUUGGACCGGUGGUGGUCUUGGUAAAUCACAGCAGGGAAUAGUAGAACCCAUCGUAGUUAACGAGCAAAAAAUUAGUAGGGAAGGUUUAGGAUUAAAACGACAUCUUUUGUCUACAGACGAUUUGAAACAUAGAUGUAAAGAUAUCAUGGGAAAGUUCCUCUCAGGUGACAUGAAAAAUGAUUUGAUAUUUUCUGUUGACUUUACAAAUGAUGAAAGAGCAAUAAUCCAUCAGGUUGCAAGACAGCUUGGUUUGAAAUCGCACAGUUAUGGUCCCAAAAGUCAACGAACGUUAGUAGUUUCUCGAAAGAUAGAUCCGUUGGAUUUAGUCGAAGAACUGAAAAGUCUUGGCGGUGACACUAACAAGUAUCAGUUACUCGAACCAACUGAAUUGUAAAUAAAAAGAACUACGUUUAUCUUUUCACAAACCUUAAUAAAUUUUACGCCUAAUUAUAAAUACCAAUUGUAAAUCGUUAUAUUCAGGCUGUCAUAAAAGUCAGAUUGAAAGAUCACAUUGUUAAUACAUUGUUAAUAUCACAUCGCUAUUUAAUUCUUGGUGUACAAGUUGAAAAUAUUCAAAUAAAAUAUUUCUUCGAAGAAAUUGAA